UCCCCAAAGGUCAGCAGUCAUCUCCUGUACGGUCCACAGUCUCUGGUCAUCCCUGUACUGUCUGCAGUCUCUGGUCAUCUCCUGUACUAUGUCUGCAGUCUCUGGUCAUCUCCUGUACUAUGUCCGCAGUCUCUGGUCAUCUCCUGUACUGUGUCCGCAGUCUCUGGUCAUCUCCUGUACUAUGUCCGCAGUCUCUGGUCAUCUCCUGUACUCCUGUACUAUGUCCGCAGUCUCUGGUCAUCCCUGUACUAUGUCCACAGUCUCUGGUCAUCCCUGUACUGUCCGCAGUCUUUGGUCAUCUCCUGUACUGUGUCCUCAGUCUCUGGUCAUCUCCUGUACUAUGGUGUCCAUUUAUGAACCAGCAGUAAUAGAUCGCUGCUCAGUUCUCCGGCAUUCUCGGAGAACACAGUUCUCCUGUGAAUGCAGUUUAUGAAGCAGUUCUCCGACUAUGUCUGCAGUCCAUUGGUUCAGAAUAUUUUUUUUCCUGUUUUCUGCCUCUAA